UCUACUAUGUAGGUAGUGACACCCACUACCCCAGCGCCUUCUAGGUACAGAAUAGGUCGCCAAGACAGCCUGUCAGCCCCAUUACAAUCCACUGCGCCGGAACCCAUCCGCACCUAUCCGCAUCUACCGUACAGGCAGGUGUGUGUGUACCUUACCUAAACCUUGAUUUUUUUCUACAUCUCUACCUAUUGUAACUGUCUUGCGCAUCGUCUGCUACUAUAAAAACGCGCCUCUUCUCACCUCUUAUUGCUUGUCCACCGCAUGCCAGAUACAAUCCCUAGCCAUAGAAGUGGUGACCAUGUCAGAAUAUUGGAAGUCGACACCAAAAUACUGGUGCAAACACUGCAGCACCUAUGUCCGUGACACCAAGCUCGAGCGCACCAACCAUGAAGCUACCGCAAAGCACCAAUCCGCACUCAAGCGCUUUCUGCGCGAUCUUCACCGUAGCCACGAGAACGAGGAGCGUGAAAAAGACAGGGCCAAACGUGAGAUAGAUCGUCUAAAUGGCAUCACUACCAGCAAGCCCUCCACCUCCACCUCCUCUUCGUCCUCCGCCAACGCUGCCGCCACACCUGCGCAGCGCCAGCAACAAUGGGAACAGCUCGCCGAGAUGGGGAUCAAUGUCCCGACAGAGCUGCGUCGGGAUAUGGCUCUCGCCGGGGAAUGGUCCGUCACAAGUACGCGCAUCAUAGACGAUCCCGAACCGGACGACGACGAUUCGAAACCUGCGAACGUCGAUGCCGUCGCGACUGGCGUGCACAAACGGCCGAAAGAAGAAAGCGAAGAUGAAAAAGAGGCGGAAAACCAUGUGAAGAAUCUGUUUAAGAAGCCGAGGAGAUGGGGUCGCGAUUCGAAAAACUCUGCUGAGAAUGAUGCUGAGCUUGACGCGCUGCUUAGCACACCACUUAUGAAACCGCUUAAGAAGGAAGAGCCGGCCGAACAGUCAGAUGUCAAGGAAGAAUCACGUCCUAAGAUCAAGAAAGAGGAGUCCGAAUCUGAUGGGGUAUUGACCUCAGCUGUUGCGCCGCCUGAUGGGGAGCAGUCUGGAGGAGUGGCUGUAAAAGAAGAGCCUGAUAAAGAAUCCUCAGAGCCUGUCGUGGUCUUCAAGAAGAGGAAACCGAAGAACAUUCGCCAGAAAUGAUGAGUUUCUUGUUGAUACUACCGAUUUUGAUUAGGCGCGUCUGGUUGGUAGGAGAACUCUCAGUCCUACGUCAACAGAGGCAUCAUGAUGUCCCGUGAACCCCCUUGGCCAUUCCAUAUGGGAUCUUUUCCGGCAUGAACAUCAGCGUUGCCCUGCGAUCUAUUUUGACAAAACAGGUGUCAAGACCACUAAAUCAUGUCCGAAUCGGUCAAUUUCGAUGGACAUAUACAAUGAGACAUAACACUCUUGUCUUGCAGCUGCAAAAGUAUCACCCUGUCUG